AUUCAUACUCUUCAAUUUUCUUCAUUGAUUUCUCUACAUUUAUACCAUUUCGCGUUAAAAGCCGAUAUUGAAUCGAAAAAGGAUCAAUCUAUACAUAAAAAUUUAUAUGUCUCGACAACAUUUCUCUUUCGUAAUUCUUUUCAUAGGUCUUGCUCUAGCCGGUGGAGCUUAUGCCGCCAAUUCAUCUGCACCUUCUCCACCGUCAAAUAGCACAAACUUUUUUUUUCCGGAGACCCCCUUCAUCUCCACGGUUAACGCAACGGUCGUUCCUGCAGAUUACUCUGAUUACGAAGUCCCUAUGAAUCUAGCACCUGAUGGAGUCAAAGUCGUGCAAGAUGACUUGCCACUUGUCGAAGAAGAAGAUAAAGAAGCUGAUGAGUUUGCACAACCUGAAGGUAAAUCAGAUAAGAAAGCAAAUCAGCCUAAGGACUCAGCUUCUUCUUCUUAUUCUUCCUCUUUCGUCGUCUUUGUCGUUGCUGCUGGAUUGUUUUUAUUUUGAGGGUUAAUAAAACGAUGUUGUUUUGGCUCAUAAUCCAUUAAUUAAUUGUACACAUGCAACGUAAAUUUAAUGGAUUUUUUUUGUGGCAUCAAUCUAAGAUCCAAUAAACGUUUUGGAAUAACUACAUAUGUAUGAUACGGCUUGCAGCACGGUAGAACUGUUUUUUUUUUCAUAUCGA